GCUUCCCUGUGUUUGCGUGGAAGGGGGAGUCGGAGGACGACUUCUGGUGGUGUAUUGACCGCUGUGUCAGCCUGGAGGCCUGGCAGCCCAAUAUGGUACAGUACAGGCCUACCUGUCUCCCUCUUAAUAUGGUACAGUACAGGCCUACCUGUCUCCCUCUUAAUAUGGUACAGUACAGGCCUACCUGUCUCCCUCUUAAUAUGGUACAGUACAGGCCUACCUGUCUCCCUCUUAAUAUGGUACAGUACAGGCCUACCUGUCUCUCUCUUAAUAUGGUACAGUACAGGCCUACCUGUCUCCCUCUUAAUAUGGUACAGUACAGGCCUACCUGUCUCCCUCUUAAUAUGGUACAGUACAGGCCUACCUGUCUCUCUCUUAAUAUGGUACAGUACAGGUUUAGCUCUCACAUUAGACAGCUAUGAUCCGGAUGAAUCCAGUCAUGGAUGGUUUCUCUGUAUUUCUCAGAUCCUGGAUGAUGGGGGAGACCUGACCCACUGGAUCUAUAAGAAAUACCCCAACAUAUUCAAGAUGAUCAAGGGCAUCGUGGAGGAGAGUGUCACAGGAGUUCACAGGUGGGAUUGGAGCACCCGUGUCUCUGAUUGUUGUGAGAUAGAU